CGACUGAGGGCCGGUGAGGAGCUGUGGGGUGUUCAUCAUGGGGAAGGCGGAUUUUCUCACUCCCAAGGCGAUCGCUAAUCGUAUCAAGUCCAAAGGGCUCCAGAAGUUGCGAUGGUACUGUCAGAUGUGUCAGAAGCAGUGCCGGGACGAGAAUGGCUUCAAGUGUCACUGUAUGUCAGAGUCCCAUCAGAGACAGCUGCUGCUUGCUUCUGAAAAUCCCCAGCAAUUUAUGGAUUAUUUUUCCGACGAGUUUCGUACAGAAUUUCUCGAACUGCUUAGAAGACGAUUCGGUACCAAAAGGGUUCACAAUAAUAUUGUCUACAAUGAAUACAUCAGUCACCGAGAGCAUGUACACAUGAACUCUACUCAAUGGGAGACGUUGACGGACUUCACAAAAUGGCUGGGCAGAGAAGGUUUCUGUAAAGUGGAUGAGACACCAAAAGGCUGGUAUAUCCAGUACAUUGACAGAGACCCGGAAACAAUCCGCAGGCAACAGGAGCUGGAGAAAAAGAAGAAGCAAGAUCUGGACGACGAGGAGAAGACUGCAAAGUUUAUAGAGGAGCAAGUUAAAAGAGGCAUGAAAGAGACAGAACAGGAAGCCCCUGUCUAUACAGAAUUGACUAGAGAAAGCGAAGAAGAGAAAGUUGCCUUUAAUUUGAACAUAGGAGCGAGUACUUCUGGCACAUCAACUUCUAAGUCAAGCUCUCUUGUGGCCAAUGCGCUGAAGUCUGCUGCAACAGCAUCUGUGAAACGGAAAGACACUUCCCAAAGCCAGGGCUCCGAGAAGAAGAAGAAAUGCGCCUUGGAUGAAAUCAUGGAGAUGGAAGAAAAAAAGAAAAAAACUGAACGAACGGAUAAUUGGCUACAACCAGAAAUCGUGGUAAAAAUUGUAACAAAGAGGCUGGGAGAUAAAUAUCACAAGAAAAAAGCUAUAGUUCAGGAGGUGAUUAACAAAUAUACAGCCAUUGUAAAACUUAUUGAUUCAGGGGAUAGACUUAAAUUGGAUCAGACCCACGUGGAAACUGUUAUUCCUGCACCAGGAAAAAGACUUCUUGUUUUAAAUGGAGGUUAUAAGGGCAAUUUUGGUGUCUUGGAUUCCAUCGAUGAGAAGAGCUUUUCCGCUACAAUAGUAAUAGAUUCCGGUCCGUUAAAAGGACGAAAGGUAGAAGGCAUGCCAUAUGAAGACAUUUCUAAGGUGCCAUGAUUGUGGUGGUCCAAUGGACAGUUUCCUACUAGAAACAUACAAACUCUACUGUGUCAGGGUUUUAAUACACAUUGUAAAUGUUUUAAGAUGGCUGAAGUAAUGAAAAUUUGUUUCCUGAUUUGUUUCUAAAGCUUUCAAUGAUUUUUUUACCGAUCUUUUAUUUCAGCCAUGUUGUGAUAUAUUGUCUAAUAAAAAAAAAAUACUUUUUUAAAAAA